AUUUUGUCUCUUCCUCACCAUCUUCUCUUGGUCCAACGAGAGAAAAGAGAUAGAUAGGGAGAGAGAGAGUGAGGUGUUACUUUCGCUUCUCUGCACGCUUCUGUCGCCGAGAUUUGAAAGCUGGGUUCUUAUUCAGCAAGUGGAAACAAAAACAACAAGAGAAGAAGGAAACUGUGAAACCAGAACACACUCUGGAGUCCGAAAGCUCUCUUUUUUCGACCGUUUAGAGCCAAAACCAAACAUGGGUAUCUCAGUAUUUAUCUGUUUUCUCCUCCUGCUAUCCACAAUGUUUUCUCCACUACAUGUUUGUGGAAAUGUUGAGCUGAGUGCUCUCAUGGACAUGAAGGCCAGUCUCGACCCAGAAAACACAUUUCUCACUUCGUGGACUGUCUCGGGUGAUCCAUGUGAUGGUUCAUUUGAAGGUGUUGCUUGUAAUGAGAAAGGUCAGGUGGCUAAUAUUUCUUUGCAGGGUAAACGUCUUUCUGGGAAGUUGUCGCCGGCAGUUACUGGGCUCAAGCAUUUGACAGGUCUGUACUUGCAUUACAAUGCUUUGUACGGAGAGAUACCUAGAGAGAUUUCAAACUUGACUGAGCUGAGUGAUUUGUAUCUGAAUGUGAAUAAUCUGUCUGGGGAGAUUCCUCCUGAACUUGGAAACAUUGCCAGUUUACAAGUUUUGCAGCUUUGUUACAAUCAGUUCACAGGAAGUAUUCCUACACAACUGGGGUUACUGAAGAAGCUAAACGUUCUUGCUCUGCAAUCUAAUCAGCUAACAGGUGCAAUCCCUGCAAGCUUGGGAGACUUGGAAACGUUAAUGAGGCUAGAUUUGAGUUUUAAUCACCUCUUUGGCUCGAUUCCCAUGAGACUUGCUGAUGCUCCUAUGCUUGAAGUUCUAGAUGUCCGAAACAAUACUCUCUCUGGCAAUGUGCCUCUCGCUCUAAAGAGAUUAGUUGGAGGAUUCAUAUACCAGAACAACCCAGGAUUAUGUGGAACUGGUUUUUCAGCUUUGAGAGCUUGCAGUGCUUCAGAUUAUGGGAAUUCAAACAGACCAGAACCUUUUGGAGGUGGCAUGACUGGUCUCCCAACAAAAGACAUCCCAGAGACAGCCAAUUUGCAGUUGAAUUGCAGCCAAACUCAUUGUUCAAACCGGUCUAAAACCCCACAAGCUUCUGUGGUGGUUGGAGUAGUUGUAGUCAUCGUUGCAGUGUCAGCUUUAGGAAUUCUGGCUUUCGGUCAAUAUCGUCGCAGAAAACAGAAGCUCAGCAGUGCAUGUGAUACAUCUGAUGGCUGUCUUAGUACUGACCAGGCCAAGGAGUUUUACAGGAAGAAUGGCUCUCCCCUCAUCAGCCUUGAGUACUCCAGUAGCUGGGAUCCUUUGGCUGAUGAUCGGUGUAUUGGUGGAGUCUCCCAAGAGGUUUUGCAGGAUUUUAGGUUUAAUUUGGAUGAGGUAGAAUCAGCUACUCAGUACUUUGCUGUAAAAAAUUUGUUGGGUAAGACCAACUUUUCUGCUGUUUAUAGAGGAGUUCUAAGAGAUGGAUCAGUUGUUGCUAUUAAGAGCAUCACUAAAACUAGCUGCAAGUCUGAGGAAGCUGAGUUUUUGAAGGGACUUAACAUUCUGACCUCAUUGAGACAUGAAAAUUUAGUUAGGUUGAGAGGAUUUUGCUGUUCGAAAGGCCGGGGAGAGUGUUUUCUCAUUUAUGAUUUUGUUCCAAAUGCCAAUCUGUCACAUUAUCUAGACCUGGAGGAGGGGGAUGGUCAGGUCCUUGAAUGGUCCACUAGAGUUUCCAUCAUCAAUGGCAUUGCCAAAGGUGUAGAGUAUUUACAUGGAUGCAAGGUGAACAAACCUGCAGCUCUAGUUCAUCAAAAUAUAUCAGCUGAGAAUGUGCUAAUUGACCUGCGAUUCAAACCUUACCUCUCUGAUUCGGGUCUGCACAAGCUUCUCACCAAUGACACUAUCUUCUCAUCACUCAAGGCCAGCGCUGCCAUGGGAUAUUUGGCUCCAGAGUACACCACUACAGGCCGGUUCACAGGGAAAAGCGAUAUUUAUGCUUUUGGUGUGCUUGUUUUCCAAAUCCUAUUUGGGAAACGGAAAUUCACCAGCUCAAUACGAGCCGCUGCAGAAUCAUCCAAAUUUGAUGAUUUUAUCGAUACAAAUCUCCAUGGAAAGUUUUCCAAACAUGAAGCUGCAAGACUGGCAAAAAUUGCUUUGAUGUGCACCCAUGAAUCUCCCGAGCAGAGGCCAUCCAUGGAAGCAAUUACACAAGAACUUGGUAAAUCACCUAACUGUUCCUGAUCUCCAUGACCAUGUUUCUUCAGCAAUUGCCUGUGAGAUUUCAAAAGGUUCGGCAACGAGCGGGAGAUAGAUUCCUAUAACUACUGACUAAUUUUUAGUGUGUAGUGUUGUGGCCUGGUAUGUCCUUUUACUGUGGACUGGGCUCUGCUGUGAAUGUAGUUGUCUGGUAUCUUGUAGCUUAGCGAUGGAAUUUUAUGGAGAUUUUCACCUGUACUCACUUGAAUCAAAGGACCAUUUGCUUUGUAAAGAGAUCACCAGAACCAUUCAC